AAGUACAUCAUCUAUCGCGAUGAGCGACACGCAUCAUUUCGUGCCACCGGUAAAUAAAGCGCGACUGAAGCUCGGUGAUGCAUAUAGAAAGCGAGUGCAACAGAUGAGGGCCCCUCAUCGAUCGAAAAUCAAAACGCAUCGCGCAGACAUUAUCAGGACGCAGGAAAGACUCUCGUAUACGUAUAUGAAAGGUGGGGGAGGAACUCGGUCUCGCAGCUGCUCUGUCGGAAGCGUCAGUCAGUCUAUCCGAAGUCCACCGCCCAGGUGGUUGCACACGCGCACAUACACAGGCCAUCUCACUUUGCAGCUGCUCAGACCACAUUUACGCGAGCGAAUCGAGUUUGGUUGAGGAAGGCCUUUUUCGUGGGAUCGAAUUUGUGCAGUGACCUGUGUGUGUGGGUGUACUUGUUGUUAGACAACUUUUCCACAGAAGUGUGGAGCGACUUUUGCUGCAGGGCAACAGCGAGAGCUUUAAUCGUUAACAGCACAAAACAUGGAGCAGAACAACGAGAAAAAGCAGGAAUCAGCAGUGACCAAGGAGGAGACUGCGAAGAACCUGGCGAACGACGUGGCGAACCUGAAGGUCAGCGAUGGCGAACAACGUCCUGGAAGUGUGAGCCCCUCUACCGGAGGCACAGGUGGCGGUGCCGGUACCGGUUCCUUCAUAGCCAGCUUCAAAGCUUUCUCCAAGUUUGGCGACACCAAAAGCGACGGCAAACACAUCACCCUAAGCCAGAGUGACAAGUGGAUGAAGCAGGCCAAGGUCAUCGAUGGCAAAAAGAUCACAACGACCGAUACCGGAAUUUACUUCAAAAAGCAGAAAUCGAUGAAGCUCAGUCUGGAACAGUACAAAGCCUUCCUCGGCGAGUUAGCUAAAAGCAAGAAAGUCGAGCUUGCUGAAAUCAAAAGUAAAAUGGCCAAUUGUGGUCCACCUGGGGUAUCUGGAGCUCCUGUGGGAGGAAAGGCAGCAUCGACCGUCGACAGGUUAACAGACGUAUCCAAGUACACGGGCUCGCACAAGCAGCGUUUCGACGAGACGGGCAAGGGCAAAGGCAUAGCCGGCAGAAAGGAUCUGCCCGACCAAUCUGGCUACGUCCAGGGCUAUCAGAACAAGGACAGCUACAAGGGCCAGUAAGAGCUUUCGCGAACCGACGGCGCGAUCACCUCGUCCUCUUCUACGGAUGCUCAAAAACCAGAGAAUUUUUAUGAAACAAAAAAUCAAUCGCUGUCCACGUUUCCCUCCGUCGCAUCUUUGCACGAGUCGUGGAAACUGGGGAAAAGAGAGCGAGCAUAUUAAAAGAACGUUCGCGUGUAUACACGCGCGCGUUAAAGAAAUAUAAAUUAUGCUAUUUGGUGAAUUAAAAAAAAUAUGUAUAUUUAUUUACUGCAACGAUUCGUAUUUGACGUUUAUUUGACGAAUUAAUAGCGGAGGAAAUGAUUUUGAAAACGAAUUACGCCUUUGCAUAAAACUGUGUAGCGACAAAUCAUACGUAAUAGCAAUAUGUGUUAUAUGAUGCGAUGUAUUUCGCUCGAGCUGAAUAACGAACAUCUUUCCAAUCGAGAAGAAGAUGGAAUGCAAACGAGUUUUUUUCUAUGAUUGUUAGUUUUUGUUGAAAUGUUCAUAUAGUUUAUCCGAGUGAUUGUUCGUUUACAAUGUUGGUUUACGUUUACAGCUCUAAAUCUUAGUGCUAGGUAUAUAGUCGCAAUUUAUUUUUCAUGGAUUUUUUGGUUAUUAGCUGGUGCAACAGACAUUUUUCAAUUUUCUACGAAUCGAUAUAAUUUUAUGGUACUCAAUAUUUAUAAUAACACAUUUCUCUGAGAUUAAAGAUAAUAAUUAUAGUUAAGAAAGAGCUCUUCGAUUUCGUCUUCUGAGUCUCGGUCGAAUUUCACUUUUCAAUCACCUAGCUUCAACUCCAUUGCGUACUUUUAUGUACUUUUACAACGUAUACCGUACUUUUUAAAUUAAAAAUGAACGUAUAUAUUGCAGAGUCAGAUCUGCACUUUACCUGAAAUGUUGUAUAAACCAAAAGAGAAAAAUAAAAGUCUAACAUAAGUGUA